AAUUCCGGAAAUCGUGUACAAUUUGCAGUUUCCCAUAGAAUUAUUUGACCGAGGCCCCCAUCGGCCACUAUUCCCCAGGACCCCAAAAGUAGAAGUUCUGGGUACAGAAGAAAAUGGUACAUAAGUCACCCUGGAAAUUCUGUAAUAUAUAGGUAACUUUUUUUCACCAUUAUAGCAUCCCGGAAAAACUGGGAUCUCAUUCCGAAAUAUCCGAUUUUAAAUUGUAAACAACCCAUCUCCCCGUUCUGUGGUUGAGCUUGUCCCAGCCCCCAGGCUACCUCACGGUUCAUCUCCGAGCACAGGAAACCCGGUAAGAACGCCCGGGACUAGGCUGGGAUGCUUUCUUACACUUGGUCUAGGCUACGAUGACAAAAUGGCGGCUGCCAGAGCCAUUUUAAGUUUUUCCGUCAUGUCAACCCGCCAAGAAUGAUUGCGUGGCAACGAGCUUGAGAAACCCAACAAUCGAAGAUUCCAAACACCCAAGAAAAAAAUAAAGCAUAUGGAGCGGUUACGUCUCUGCAUUGUGACGCGCGCUACCGUGACCACCAAGAAAGGAUAUGCUACGUGCUCUGAGUAUUAUAUUUUUGCCACACUGAUUGACGAUUCGUGUCGAUAGUAGCCUUUCUCUAAUCCUAAUUGGCCAGCCUUCUAAAAGUCGUCAAGGUGGCCGAAGCGCGUUUCGCUCUUAGAAAGGUUUAAUGAUUCCCAGCUUUCUUGGUUUGAAUUCGGGAAAGUCGAUAUAGGAUACAAAAAGCAAGCUGGGUCCACACUAAAAUGAAACCAGGCGCAGCAUAAGAUUUAUCGAGUCUGUUAGCAAUCGUUAAACUACCAACAAACUGUUGUCAUAAUGACACUGAAACUGUGUGAGCAGAGUAUGUAGUCCGUUAACAAUAGUUGAACAUUCCCAUGGCUCGUUGCUCUUGGCAGGUCUCCUCUUUUCAUCGUUUACAUACAAGAGAAAACUACUUGACCUAAGAAUGAUGGCGUAAUAGUUCAAGUUGACGACCUGUCAGACGCUAAAUUAUUUUUUUUGCGGAAAUGGAUGCAUUUUAUCCGUCAGAAAAAAAUAAAUGUUUGGUCCUUACUUAGGACAAAAAAAGUAGUUAUACGGGCCUAAGUUCGCCAGCUUACGAUAGAAUGGGUGUGGAGGUUCUCAUUAGAUGUGUCAUCGUUAUCGCAUUAACAAGCGGUGCGGUAAUCGCAAGCUCAAAGGGGGAUCCCAAAGUAGACAACAUCACGGCAACUCAACAUCUUCUUGAUUCUCUAACACUGACAGGGUUACCGCUGAACCCUGGGAACGCAGGACCUCUUCAGGAACACAGCACCCAGGGGAAUACUAAAACAGUUGCUAUGGAUACCCCCGUAGAAACAGCCACCAAUCAAGACUCACCUGUUGUUGCUUUGUCUGAAAGAGGGACAAUGGAUAAUGGACUGGCAAGAGGUCCUAUCCCUAGUGCUAGGGAUGUUAGUCAAGGCACUCAAGUAGAUCCCCUUAAAAACGAAGGCGUUGUUAGUAUCAGGAAAAUUCUGGUGAAGCAAAUCCCACCACCAGCUGGCAUUGAUGAUAACAAAGAUGUGUCUUCAACUCAAACACAAAACCAGCAUGCUGGCCCUGGAAGAAAUGAUGGAAAUGUAAAUAAUUCUACUGCGACUACUGUGGGUGAGCAUAAGGCUAUAAAACUGGGAGGUCAAGAAGAAAGAAACCCAGUAAGUGAGCCCACGAAGGUAACGCAUGGCGGAGAAAAUGUUUCAGUGAAAAACGCAUCAGAAAACUCUUCAUCAAGGCCAUCUGGACAAGAUGGCAUGGACAGUAGCAAAACCCGUCCCUUCCAAGAUGUAAUGGAAAGUCAGCGGACAAUGAAGAUAUUUACUGAUGAUGAUACUGAUGGUAAGAAGGAGAGAAAUAGAGGGGUAAAAGAAGUGACGAUGCCACUAAGAGGAAGACCCCUGGCCGGGUUCGAACCCUCUCAUCUUCGUACAGCACACCACACAACGACGUCAACGUCAGAGAACGUUCUCAAUAAGACGAGUAAUUCCAAGAAAGUGGAAUCUGCUGAGAAUUUUGAGAGACUGCCUUCCUUUCAAGCAAAUAAGAAUAAUACUGGACAGGAUUCUUUGAUCAACAUACAGACAUCGUUAAAUGCAUCACAGAGAGCGCAGUCAUUGAAUGCUGCAAGUGAAGGACCUGCUCCAUUCCUUGGACAGAUAAUUAAACAGGCUGGUUACAAGAUGCACUCGGACAGAAUACCUGGAAUAGUAAAUGCUGAUCAAACUACUAGCCAGGGGAAUAAGCCAUUACUGGAAAAAGGCAGUUCUGUAGAAGAGGUGAAUGUUUCGAGCAGCAAUGUUAGUUCGAUAAGAAAAGCGUAUGACAAAAGGAUUGGAAGCAUAUCUGAUAAGGCACUUGGUAAUGAUGCUCAGCAGGAAUCUGAAGGAAACGACCACAAAAGUCAAACAUUUGACAAGCAUUUUAGUAAAGAUUAUAAAGAAUUAACUGCAUAUCAGAAAACCUCUAACCCUAUCUCUAACCCCAGCAUAAGAACUAGUCCUAUCUCAAACCCUAGCCCUAGCCCUCACCCUAGCUCUAACCCUAGCCCUGACCCUAGCUCUAACCCUAGCCCUAACCCUAGCCCUAACCCUAGCUCUAACCCUAGCUCUGACCCAAGUCCUAACCCUAGCUCUAGCCCUAGCCCUGACCCUAGCUCUAGCCCUGACCCUAGCACUAAUACUAACCCUAACCCUAGCUCUGACCCAAGUCCUUACCCUAGCUCUGACCCUAGUCUUAGCUUUAGCCCUAGCUCUAGUUCCAGCCCUAGCGUUCGCCCUAGCCCUAACCUAAUAUCUAACCCUAACCGUAACUCUAACUCUAAUUCUAACCGUAACCCUAACCCUAGCUCUAAUCCUAGCCCUAGUCUUAGCCCUAAUCCUAGUCCUAACCCUAGCACUAGCCCUAACCGUAAUCAUAGCUCUAACACUAACCCUAACCCUAGCCUUGGCCCUAAUCCUAGUCAUAACCCUAGCUUUAGCCUUAGCCCUAACCCUAACCAAAACAAGACCCAAGGAGAGGGAGAAAGAGCUACUACGAUGAACGACACCCAAAAAGGACUUAAGGUCGACGGUGUUGGCUUUAGCCAAAAGCACUUUGAUGCAAAUCUUAAAGGCACUACUCUCGCGUCAACAACUGAUUCAGAUAAUCUGCAAGACAGAUUUGGCACUAUUUCUACCGAGAUUGGAAGAAACGGAGCCGACAUGGGGAAAGCUGCAAAUAUACUUAAAGAAGGAAUGCUCGUCGAUAUAUCAAAACCUGCUGAUAAUGGUGUUUUAAAACCGAAUCAAGUAGUGUCUGGCGACCCUCCCUCUAGCUCCAAUGGAACUAAACAAGAAAAUGGAUUAAAGAAUGUGCAAGUAAAUAAAAGCUCAGCGAUGAUCAAAAGAUUAAAUGGAACUGACAAUGCCAACCAGGGUUACAAAGCCUUCGAAAAACUAAAAACAAACGCCAUAUUCACUGAUAUUCCUCUGGAAAGCAAUGAAGUCAUCGAGCCAGCUGACCUGUCAAUUAGUAGCCAAGGUUACCGCUGGAACAGAGGGAGGGGAAGGGGAAGGUCUAGGUACCGGAGACCACGCCCACGUCCACGACGUCCUCCACCACCUCCUCCUCCUCCUCCGCCUCCCCCUCCUCCGCCGCCUCCUCCUCCGCCUCCUCCUCCGGCAUCGAGUACUGGUUCAACCCCUGGAGGUGACAAGGUACCAAGCGUAGGACCAAAGACAGAACAAGGAGAUGCGGAGUUUGAGGAAGAGGCCUUGCUUACUCAUAACAACUUCCGUCAAGUUCACAACGCGCCUCCCAUGACGCUAAACCGCGAGCUAAGCUUGCAGGCAAAGGGAUAUGCAGAAAAGAUCGCAAAUCUAGGUGCACUGCAGCAUUCCUCCAGCGGUGAGCGGGGAGAGGACGUGGGCGAGAACCUCGCCGUGGGAUGCAAGUCGUUCGGAGUGCCUCUAACGGGCAAAGAGGCUGUCACUAACUGGUAUAACGAGGUCUGCAAGUAUGACUUCAAUAAUGGCGCCUUCGCUAUGGAGACCGGUCAUUUUACCCAGGUUGUGUGGACCGACAGUAUUGAGCUCGGUAUGGGAAAAGCGACGGGGAAAUUAAAUGGCAUACCUUGCGUGUUCGUCGUUGGGAGGUACCGACCACCGGGGAACUUCAACAACCAGUUCAAGGAGAAAGUUCUUCGCGGAAAAUUUGACCCCAGCUAUUGUAAUAAUGUUUUCACCUCUAUCAAUGCACCAAUCGGUGUGCGGCGCAACGAUGACGUCAUGAUGAACAUGCCCUCGGUGCAACAUCUGUUCGGAACCCUGAAAACCUCUCCAAGAGAAGAUUAUGAUUUUCCAAGAAGGACUGUCGAUCUUCAUAAAGCGUCCCGUUCUUUUGGAAACAAUUUGCAACGACUUUGGAGUAAGGAAUAUAUGAUAGCGAAUUUGAAGAAGAACGGCGUGUUUGAGAAUUUGUUAAGGGAACUCUACUUGAAGAAUCCGGUGAUUCACGGGAAGGGAUCAUCAGCGGGCUUCAGAACGAUCACGGGACCAGAAAGAGGUGCGGUAUUGGGAAGUAGAUUGGCAAAGACAAUGGCACAACCAAUUGGAUCAGGUUCAAAACACAUAACUGAAGGUGAGAAAGUCUCCGGCAUUAUUACCGGAGAACAUACAGCUAAAGAGAACAAAUGGCUGAAACAAAAAGCUCAACACUUAAGCAGAGAAAAACAAAUAGAAAACCUAAAGCAACAACUUGCAAUGGAAAGAAAGGAGUCAAAGGUAAAUCAUCUGAAGCUGUUACAUGGACAGAGUCUCAUUAAGAAAAAGGAAAACACGCCUGACAAAGAAUCUUCUCUAAAAGUUUCGACACGUAAGCAAUUAGUUGACCGAUUCUUGCGCGAACUUUUAAGAAGACGCCUCAAAAGGAGGCAAAUGUCUAGGCACGUUGGAGGAAUGCUUCUUCGGCGUACACAACCUUUAAUUAAACGAACAGGGAGUUUUAAGUUUCAUAUUCCAAACGGAGUCGGGGAAGGUGAUUUCUCAAUCAGCAAGUCAGGGCUAAGACUAAGCAUGAAGCUUACACUAGAAGAUCAAGCGACUACAACUGCCGCUACAACUUCUACAGCAGCGCCUGGAAAUAUUACGACACCAACAAAAGGGCCUAUCACAUCGAAUAACACAUCGACCCCAACGAUGUCUGGAGGUAGAAAGAUGCCAGCGAAAGAGCCCACGACAUCUACGACAGGGCAUUCAACAAGGUCAAAGCCUACGCCUACUACACCAACGAUAGCCGAUAAUACAGCGUAUCUAACGACGGGGCCUACGACGUCUGGAGACAAAACGACGUCAGCGAUAAAGCCUACGACCCCAACAACAACAGAGGCAUCAAAUCUAACGACAGAACUUAUGACGCCUGAAGUUACAACGACGCCAACGAUCGAGUCUACAACUCAAACGACGCCUACGACAGGGCCGGCGACCGGAAAUACAACGACGCCAACGAUACAACCUAUAGCGGCAGAUAAUUCAACCAAGCCGCCAACUACGACGCCUGUCAGCUCGACGAUCCCAACUACAAAGCCUGCACCAGCUCAAGAGGGACUGUUCAACAUCUGCAUAUGCCCAGCGUCACCACCCACACCCAACGGCUGUUUUCUUCAAGAUGGACAAGUCAUGAAGCGCGUCAUGGAAACACAUAACAAAUACCGCGCCCUGCAUAACGCGACCGCGAUGUCGCUGAGCUGCGACAUGAGUCGACAGGCACAGGAGUAUGCGCAGAAGAUGGCCGAUCUUGACACGCUGGUGCAUUCUGGGUACAGCGAACGUCCCGAGCAAGGGGAGAGUGUGACGAUAGUCUGCGGCAAGGGACUGGACGCUAGCAUCAACGACGCUAUCAAUAAAUGGUAUAACGAGGUUUGCAAGUACGAUUUUGCCAGCGGAGGACCCCAACCCGGCGCCAACCACUUUACUCAGAUGGUAUGGAAAGGCAGCAAAAAAAUUGGGAUUGGAAUAGCAAAGAAAUCCGAAAUGACAGGAACCUGCGCAUACGUUGUUGUACGGUACUAUCCACAAGGAAAUUUUGAUCCUGGGGACGGAGCUUAUACGAGAAACGUGCAGAAAGGGGUCUUUAGUAAGAAUGACUGCAAAACGCAUUGACUGAAAUGAUCCUCGCCCCCAGGCUACUCUCGACAAACUCUACUUAUUCCGAUUAAAAAAUGGCGGACGUUCUUGGAGCACGACGGGAAAUCAAGCGGGAAAUCAAGUGAUGUUAUAAAAAAUGUGAGAGACACCUGGGGACAAGUUUAGACUGAAAAUUCACAGUUAGGCACAUUUGUGUUAUAGCUGCAAGGAAAAAAGGGGGUCUUAACAUCCGCAUAUUCGAUUGUUCGAGUUCCCACUGUGAAGAAUUGCGCCUAAACAUUUUUUGUAACCAUAUGCCUCUUUAAUAAAUAACAAUUUAAUCAUC